AUGUGGUUCAACACAUUUGCAACCGUGCUUCAUUUUCCAGAGCUUCUGGCAUACGUUGAUCCUGACUUCGUAGAAAUACCUGCUCAACUCUUACAAAACUGCUUUUAUGAAAUUUUUUUCUUGAAGUUGAUAUCUGGAUUUCACCAGGAUAUCACAAAUCCCUUAAAGGAUGACCUAUGCAAAUCAAUUAAAAGAUGGAGAAAUUUUUCAUUGGCGCUUAAAUUGAAGCAAGACAUUUUAUACUGGUUGCCGGUAUUAGAAGGAACCAAACCCACCUCAUGUUUUCCUUUUAGUGUCGUAGGUUAUGAGGCAGCAUGCUACAGUCAUAUAUGGAGCGAGGUUUUUGUUGUUGAUAUAUUAGCUUCAAUAUUUUGCAAUGGUGUUUCAAAUCAGCUUCUCGACAUGCAAUUCAGGAACAAUGUAUUGGCUCCAAGCGGAGCGAAGGAUUCUAUUGAAUUGAUAUCAUACUUUUUAGGAAGAAAAUCCUCAAUUCAAGCUCAACGGGAGAACUUAGGUAGUGUUGAGGAAAUUUAUAUUGCCAUCAUGGAAGAAUUGAGUAAAAGAGUGCAUAAGGAAUCAAUGUUAAUUUUUAGAAUUGAGAGACAUCAACAAUGA